GAUGGCGCGCUAAGUGUAACGCACUAGGCUCUGAGACUGUGCAAGACAGCCUCUACGAGCACCUGGGACGCGCCUUGUGCGGGCGGUCCUGACUGAACGGCAGAGGUCCCUCGUCACGCCUACGCUCGACUUCGUGCGGCCCUCCGAAGUCGAUGCACACCAGAAUAGGAUGUCAAGCCAGGUGGGACAAGUGCGUAUUCUUGGGUACGGCUGCCGCUGCGUGACAACGCGACAGCGUCACGCUCUCCUACCCCUCUGCGCAACGGCGUCCGUCCGCGAAAUCGCUCUCCAUUGCGUGCUAUCCGUUCUCCUUCCUAUCCAUCGCCCUCUUCGACCCUCUCUCAGCCUUCCUCGUCCUCCUCUUCAUCUGCCCCCCGCUCCAGGGACGGGCCGCGAGCGUACACGAUGAGAAACCCCUUCACUCUUUUGCCCGGCGCCGUCCUUUCUGUCCUAUUUAUAGGAUUCUCCCUCAACUCCGACGACAACAAUGGCCCCGUCCUCCUCGCCAGCGCGGUGACCGUCUAUUCGCAGCAGCCGAUUGGAACGACUACCGCGUCGGGCGCGGUGGCGUCGUAUACUGGUGCUGCCGCUUAUGAUCCGACGGUCUUGAACGCACCCGCGAUCCCGGACCCGCUCCCGAGCAUGGCGUUCGGAAUCCAGCUGCAGAGCAGCUCGGACGCUGUUUCCGGGCUCAGCAUCAAGCAGAACGGCGGCUUCAUGGGCUUUUCCAUCGAGUUUUCGGUCAUUAACCAAGUUUUGGGAAAGAACUCGUCGAACCUCCAGGUCCCGUUCUUGAAUUUGAUGUCGAACAUCCGCCAACGCGCGGGACACGUCCGCAUUCGUGUUGGCGGUAACACGCAGGAGACGGCGACGCUCGUGGACAGCCUUGCGGACGGCAAGAUCCUCGAGAAGGACGAGGACAACCUCACUAAUCCCACGGAUACCCCGCCACUCGUGUUCACGCCCGACGUGCUCUACAUGCUUGGCAACAUCUCUGCGCUGGUCAACACCAAGUGGUACCUCGGCGUUCCCUUCAACGACACGACCAACCUCCGGCUAGGAAUUGUCCAAGUCGGAGAAGCAGUACUCGGCGACAACCUCCUCGGCCUGCAGGUUGGAAACGAACCCGAUUUGUACGCGGACCAUGGGCAUCGUAACGGCACGUACUCGCCUUACGACUACUUCGGCGAGUUUGGCGUUCUGGUGGAGGCUCUGGCCGCAGCGCCAGACCAAUAUCCAGUCAGGAACAACCUCAUCGCCCCGAGCGUGGCUACCGGUGACUGGACGCCGGAGAUGGUCUGGAACACUGGGUUCAUCCCGUCCUAUACCGACUCGCUCGGGGCCCUGGCUGUCGAGCACUACCCUGACGACAACUGCUUCGCGGUAUACGGUAUCGGUUCGGCUCGGGACCCGCAGACGGAGUUCCCGAACUACCUCAACCACACCUCCGGCCAGUCUAUCGUUGCACCGUACCUGAACAGUAGCGCUAUUGCCCAGGCCGCCGGCAAGCCCUUCAUCAUGUUCGAAACCAACACCGCGUCCUGCGGAGGGUUCCCUGGCAUCAGCGACUCGUUCGGAUCCGCUCUCUGGGCGCUCGACUACGGCCUGCAGAUGGCGUACUCCAACUUCAGCGGUGCCAUGCUGCACGUUGGUGGUCAGAACGUCUAUUAUAACCCCUUCACGCCUCCGCCGACGAACCAGUCGACCUACCACCAGUGGACCGUCGGCCCGGUGUACUACUCCGCCCUGGUCAUUGCGGAGGUGUUCGGAAGCUCGAACGAGAGCCAAAUCAUCGACAUGUUCCCGAACGACGCGAGCAUAUACACCCCCGCAUACGCGAUAUACGAGAAUGGGAGCCCCGCCCGCGUAGCGUUGUUCAACUACAUCACGGACUCAUCCGGUAACAGUGACUACACCGCGUCCAUCUCGAUCAACGGCGGCACCGUGCCGAGCUCCGUCAAGGUCAAGUACCUCCUCGCGCCGAGUGUGUCCUCGAAGAACGACAACGUCACCUGGGCAGGCCAGACCUUCGGCACCACGUUCGCGAGCGAUGGCAGGCUCACGGGCGACCUCGACCUGCAAACCGUCACCUGCGAUACAACAGCAAACACCUGCCCGAUCAAGGUUCCCGCACCAGGCUUCGCGCUCGUGUUCCUCUCGGACGACGCGCUCUCCACGGCCGACUCGGUGUCGACCAUGACGGCCACGUUCUCGACCACGUCCGUGACAAAGACGGUGAACACGGCGACGAUCGACGCGAGCGUGCUCGCGACGAGCAAUGGGCACAGCGGAAAGGACCGGCAGCUGGGCAGCACGAGCAAGGGGAGCGCGAGCGCUGCGGUGGGACGGGCGGCGCUUCUGCCUCGCGCGAUGGCGCUCGCGGCGGCGGCCGCAAAUGCAGUUGUCGUCGGGCGUGUGUUUAGGUGGUAG